GUGCGCCGUACCCGGAAGAGACGUGGCAGCGGAGGGAUAAUCGGAGCGUCCGGAGCCGGGAGGGAGGGGAGCUGGAGCUGCGGGAGCCGCUGCGUGAGGUCCCCGGCCUUCCGCUCCUCCAACCAGCGGUCAGGACCGGUGCCGCGGAGCCUCUGAGAGGUCAUGGGACUUUGUAAGUGCCCCAAGAGGAAGGUGACGAACCUGUUCUGCUUCGAACAUCGAGUUAACGUCUGCGAGCACUGCCUGGUAGCCAAUCAUGCCAAGUGCAUCGUCCAGUCCUACUUGCAGUGGCUCCAGGACAGUGACUACAACCCCAAUUGCCGCCUAUGCAGCACACCCCUGGCCAGCCGAGAGACCACCCGUCUUGUCUGUUAUGAUCUCUUCCAUUGGGCCUGCAUCAACGAACGUGCCGCCCAGCUACCCCGAAACACAGCACCUGCUGGCUACCAGUGCCCCAGCUGCAAUGGCCCCAUCUUCCCCCCAGCCAACCUGGCUGGCCCUGUGGCCUCUGCACUGAGAGAGAAGCUUGCCACAGUCAAUUGGGCCCGGGCAGGAUUGGGCCUCCCUCUGAUUGAUGAGGUGAUAAACCCAGAGCCUGAACCCCAUAGUUCCUCAGACUUCUCUGACUGGUCCAGCUUUAAUGCCACCGUUCCCCCUGCACAGGAGGAGAUGGCCAGCACUUCUAUAGCUCCAGCCUUCUACAGCCAGGCCCCCCGGCCCCCUCCUUCCCCCAGUCAUCCCGAGCAGCACACAGUUAUCCACAUGGGCAGUACUGAGCCCCUGACUCAUGCCCCAAGGAAGGUGUAUGACACACGAGAUGAUGACCGGACAGCAGGCCUCCAUGGAGACUGUGACGAUGACAAAUACCGCCGCCGGCCUGCCCUGGGCUGGCUGGCCCAGCUGCUCAGGAGCCGGGCUGGGCCCCGGAAGCGGCCACUAACUCUACUCCAGCGGGCAGGGCUGCUGCUCUUGCUGGGGCUGCUGGGCUUCCUGGCCCUCCUUGCCCUCAUGUCUUGCCUUGGCCGAGCUGCAGCCGACAGUGAUCCCAAUCUGGACCCACUCAUGAACCCUCAUAUCCGCGUGGGUCCUUCCUGAGCACCUGCUUGUGGCUGGGCCAGCCCAGGACCUGGGGUCUGGAGAGAGAUGGUGGAGAGGCCUGAGGGCCUUUCUCUGCUUUUCUCCCUCAAUCCUGAGACACUAAGAUCCCCCACCCAAAGCCACGUCCACUGGAGGAGGCUGCAGACUGGGCCUGGAGCCCUGUAUGUCAAGGAUUUGUCUUCACCUGCUUCCCCUGGGUCUCCAGUCUCCCACUCACCCCUCAGAGGAACAGACAGGUGCAAAUAAACAACAGACUUUAUUAAAA